AUGAUGACCAUCAGCUGCAGGCUCGUGGCGGUCGCCGUGGCGUUGGCCUUGGCGGCGGCGCUCCUGUCGUCAUCGCCACUGCGCGGCGACGUGCGGGCGGUGGUGGAGAUACGCGACGUGGAGCUGAUCCCCGUGGACGGCGGCGCCGCGGGGCCGGAGAGCGUGGCGUUCGGCGUGGGCGGCGAGGGCCCCUACGCGGGCGUGUCGGACGGGAGGGUCAUCCGGUGGCUCCCGGACGAGGGCCGCUGGGUCGAGCACUCCUCCGCCGCCGCGCCAGAGCUAUUGGAUAGUUGCAGAGGAUCCCAGGACCCGAUGAAGGAGCACGAGUGUGGGCGUCCGCUGGGCCUCAAGUUCAACAAUAAAACUGGGGAGUUGUACGUCGCAGAUUCCUAUUUUGGGCUGAGAGUGGUCAGCCCCGGGGAUAACGUUUCAAGGCUGAUUGGGCCUGGACAGCCUGGGAGCCCCUUCAGCUUCGCCAACGGUGUCGAGAUCGACCAGGAAACUGGAGUUGUCUACUUCACCGAGACCAGCACGAGGUUCCACAGAAGGCAGUUCUUGAACAUUGUCAUAUCCGGUGAUGCCACCGGCAGAUUGCUCAAAUAUGACCCUAACACCAACGAGGUUCAAGUCUUGGUCGACGGCCUGGCAUUCCCCAACGGCCUUCUCAUGAGUGAAGACGGAUCCCACCUUCUCCUCGCCGAGACCACAACUUGCAAGAUCCACCGAUACUGGCUCAAGACACCCAAGGCCUCAACCCUCGAGGAACUCGUGCAGCUACUGGGCUUCCCGGACAACAUCAAGGCGAGCCCGAGAGGCGGCUUCUGGGUCGGCCUCCAUGGCAAGCGAGGUAAGAUCGCCGAGUGGUCCACCUCUUUCCCGUGGUUGAGGAGGUUGGUCAUGAAGCUGCCACCCCAGCGCGUGCAGCGUGUCAUAGCGUUCCUGAGCCGGUUUGGAAGUCAGGUGAUUGCGUUGAGGGUCAGCGAGGAGGGGAAGGUGUUGGAAGAGGUAAUCGUUCACGACACGGCGAGGAAGAUGUUUGGAUCCAUCAGUGAACUAGAGGAAAGGGACGGGUGCUUGUGGAUUGGCUCGGUUCAUUUGCCUUUUCUUGGGCAUUACUGCCUAUAG